AUGUCCGUGACAGUAAGUUCCUCUAAAACCAAAGUUGAGGUCCAUGAACACACAGAUGCUGUACUCUCCUGCAACUUCCGCACUGAGAAAGAGCAGAACCCUCGAAUAGAGUGGAAGAAGAAAGGAAAAGCUGUGACCUUUGUCUACUUCAAUAACAAAUUUACCAGCGCCUACGCAGGGCGGGCUGAGAUGGACGGUGCCUCUCUGACCAUCCACUCGGUGACAGAGAAAGACUCUGGGGAAUAUCGCUGUGAGGUGACUGCUAGUGAUGACCACGUCAGCUUCGGAGAGGCCACGGUGACACUUGAUGUACAUGUACCCCCGCAUAUCCCGUCUUGCGAGGUUCCCCGCUCCGUGUUUGUAGGCUCCGACCUGGAGCUGCUGUGCAAAGACAAGCAGAGUGUGCCCCCGGCCACAUACAGCUGGUACAAAGACAACAGGGCCUUGAAGGUCUCGUCCGACACGCCGUACAGCAUGGACACGCACAGAGGCACGCUGAAGUUUACAAGCGUAUCCAAGGUGGAUUCUGGGAUGUAUCGCUGCGAAUCCUCCAACAGUGUUGGGUCACCCAAGAGUUGUGUGGCACAACAACUUAAAGUUAUUGACUAUCCAGUGGAUAUUGCUAUCUUGAUCGCUGGUGCUUCAGGUUUUGUGAUUCUCACACUCCUCUGCUGCAUCUGUGUGUGUGUAUGCCGACGUCGAGGAUGCUGUAAGAAAGAAAAGAAGACAAAAAGCACCAAGUCGUACAACCCUCCUCCUCCUCCACCUAUUCACAACAUCAAGACAUACAAACCAACUCAGUCCUUCAUGAUCUAA